AACAGAUAUCGACAAAUACGUCAUAUCUGCUGGAUUUUCCCGUAAUACUGUACUACCUGUUGACCUUUUAUGGGUUGUUAAAGAGGUGUUGCCGCCAAUCAGAGAGCUCAGGCUGGGGUUGCACAAGGAGUGGCCGUCUGCAGAUAUAAUGCCCCUCCUGGACAUUCAGCGUAAAGUCCACUCCGGCAGAAAAGACAUCGCAAAGUAACAUACAGUCGAGGAAAUCAGACGAGCAGGAAGACAACCGCUUCAUUUCUCAGCCAUGGCCUCGGACGGAUCAAACAGGAAGGUUUCCUCCAUCUUCAUCCACCUGUCACGUCCUCACCAAACCAACGUCAAGGAGCAGAGUGCAAACAAAAAAGGUUGGGUUCAUGCGGGGCCGUCCCCGAGGCCUUCGGGGUCUGAGAGCCAUCAACCUGCUGGCCCCGCACAAAGGGCUUCAGGGUCGGCAUCUCCCCAUUGGGGAGUAAAUGUGCAAGAAAUCAGAAGGGAUGCAGAAGAUGUCUUCUCCAAUGUUUCUCCCUCUCCUUCUCCCCCUCUUCCUCCUCCUCCUCCUGCUGCUGAGAUGCCGUCUUACUCUGCAGAUCCAACAACACUAGGACCGCCACCUCCCCCUGUAGAAAAACGUGAGCCACAACCUCCGACCUCUCACCAGCUGCCACAUUCCAACAAAGAGGGAAAAACUGCACCGUCUCGUGGACCGACUCCAAAAAACCCAUCAAACGAGAUCAAGAAAGAGAACUCCAGUGAGAAGUCUCGAGGCGUGUGUGCUUUCUGUCGGAAGCCUAUAAUGUUUUCUGAAGAGGUGGUAAACGCCUUAGAUCGGCAUUACCAUACAGGCUGCUUCAGGUGCAGGUCUUGUCUGUGCCUUCUGGCGGGGAAAACCUUCUACCACAAGGCGGAAAUCCCUGAAUGUGAGAAGUGCAACGAGGCCAGUCUUGAAAUUUGCUUCUCUUGUGGCCACAAGAUCCGAGCCAAAAUAAUUCGUGCACACCAGCGAACGUACCAUGUUUCUUGUUUCAUCUGCGUGACGUGUAAACAGCCGCUGAAUGAAUAUGUCCAGGAUGAUAAUGGAAAAGUGUAUUGUCCCCUGGACUACAACAGGGUGCGUGCCAAGACAUGCGGUGCUUGUCACAAGCUAAUCAUAUCCAAGGAUGGAAGUAUUCCAGAAUACGUUCAACUUGAUGGACGUGCCCUCCACAAUGAAUGCUACAAAUGUGAGGGCUGUGACUUUCAGUUCUCUCCUGAAGACAGCUGCUAUCCUUUGAAUGGACGAGUACUUUGCCUGGAUUGUUACAAAAGGAACCAGAACUAAUGCAAUAAGGAUUGAGAAUUAAUUUUUUUUGUGCAUUUAAUGUAGAAUCAUACUUUGCAUAACCCAUAUCUCGCUGAGAUACACAUAGGAGAUAACUCUCAAUUUGACUCCACAUUAAAAAGUUGUCAUUAGAUCGUGAGAUUAAUGCUUUAUCGUAACAAAAAACAAUCCAAUAUGUGACAAAAUCGACUUUUCUGUCAGCCACAAAACUCAAGCCACAACUCAUGUAAAUGUGAUCAUGUUUGUCUCGUGUUUGUUUUUGCUUCAACGUGAGUUAAUCAUACCGAUAUCAUUUACACUAUACAGUUCUUAUUUGUAAUGACAUGUAUUAUGUAUCAAAACUAUGCCUAUUAUCAAUAUUGUUGUUAAUUCUUUCGAUAUUGUUGCUUUUAAUAAUUUUUGGGUUUCCUUUUAAUGAGUAAAAACAUAUUUUAAAAGCUUACUUCAGCGAUGGAAUGCGCUAUCUAUAGUAAGGGUGCACAAAAAAAUGUAUUGAGAUCCAAAUUUCAAUUUUGUUUUAAUCUAUUCCGCUUCCAAAUACCUUUUUUUAGUACUGUACAGUAUUUAUGUCUUCUCAAUUGCUUAUGUGUACAUUUAUAUCUUCAGUAUUGUUAAGCUGGGAUUGGGUUAGAGUUGGGGUUGCUCUGUUUUCUUUAAUUAGUGAUUAACAUUCUGUGAUUUUUUUAAAUAAAAUUUGAAAAAUUGUUUUUUAGGCCAACAAUGUGUGUGUAAGUCAUU